AUGCUAUCUCUUCUUCCAGCUGAGAUAGUGUAUGUUAUUGCCAGUUACUUGCCCACUGCAAGUGCUCUGGUGAAUCUUUCACAAACCUGUCGACGCCUGUAUGCUUUCUUCUCCACUGAAGAUUGGCGCAUUUUCCGCGCUUUUAUUCAGCACCGCUUUCCUGGCAUUGAUACUCCUCCGUUCUGGAAGGAUGCGACUCAGGCCUUGACCUCCCGCUCUCGUGCCUUGGAUCGAAAUGCUGCCAUCGGUCGAUUUGUGUUGCCUUCUGCCGGUCUGGCGAGAAUCGGGACGCAUCAGUCCAUUAGACAGGACAACCCCACGCAUGGUUAUUGUCCCACUGUCGAUUGCUAUGAAGUAUGGAAUGGCGACAGAUGGGAGAACCGACAGGAAACGGUGGCCUGGGGUGCUGCCCAUGAACUGGCCGUGGGUAUCAAACAGUUCGGACCGGACAAAGAUGAGAAAUGGUUUGUAUUCAAUGAUUUGGAGAACACCAGCAGCCACGAUGAUAUCUGCGGGUUGCAUCUUUUGAAGCCUGGCCAUUAUGCAAAAGAGGCCAAUAAAGAGCACUUGAUCUUCGGUCGUAUGCGUGGAGAUCUCGUUCACAUAGCAAUCGUCCCUGGUGAUGGAUCCCUCGAAGUCAAGCAGAGAUUCCUGACGAAUACUGCCGGCAUCCAACAUAUCGACUUGAGUGACGGACCCGAAUCAGUUCUUGCGGCACACUACCUUGAUGGUACCAUCGGAUUUUUUCCGACUACGUCUCGGGAGGAAGUAGUGAAGCCAUUCGCUGCUAUCUCUAUUGAAGAAGAGAAUGUUGCACGUAACAAGUGCUCACGAUUUCUGUCGUCGGACCGCUUUGCCGUGGCCACUGGACGACUUGACGACGCGCUCGUGAUUUCUACUAUCACUUCUCAAAGUGUGACAGCUGGCCGCCGGAUCGGUGUGGAUGACUUGGAUCUUGACGACCAGGCUGCCCUCGCUCCAAAGACCAGCGUCAGUGCCAUUGCACCGUUGAAUGUGCCGUUCUUCGGAGGCACCGAAGGAGACACAUUUCUUUCUUCUUGGGGUGACAACGUGAUCCGGCUUCAUGACCUCCGCUCAGAUAGGACGUAUGAAGCAGCAUAUCGAGACAUCACCGACUCGAAUCCGGUUUAUUGCAUUCAUCCUUUCACCCAGGAUAAGUUCGUCGUUGGUGCUGGGGGAGAUGCUGUCCUUAAGAUCUUCGAUCUGCGCAUGCCCAGAACUUACGACUCCCUCGAGGCCAGAGGUUCUGUUCUGAGUGCCCCUAACCAGCAGCCUUCCAACAAAAGUCACAUCAAAGCCGCCAAAUCCCCCCAUCUAGACCUUACUAUGUUCCUCUCAUACCCGCCUCCACAUGCACAAGGGUUUUCAAAUCCGGGUCGUGCCCGCGGGCGCGCAACCCGAAAUUAUCGUGGACCGAUCUAUAACAUGUCUUCUCCCUCCCUUCUCUCACCGACCAUCUACGCCGGUAUCGAGGACGCAGUCGUUCGGCUGGACUUUGUCUCCACGGACGACCUCACGGGUCCCCGCCAGUCCUGGUAUCAGGAACUCAUCGACCUCGAUUUGAGUAUCGAAAACAACCCCGCCACCCUGGACCACGUUCUCAAUCUCUCGGGCUACGAACGCCCAGACCCUAGAAACACCACGCAUCUCCCGCCGCUGCGCACCCAACAGCCCUUCAGAGCUGUUGGGGAUGAUGACGUCGCGAACGAGUCGGCUACGGGAUGGGAUCGUCGAUGGACGCGCGUGGAGACCGGCUCUUGGAGACGUCGUGAUUAG